AUGCAACAUUGCUAUUUUGAGUUUGAUCUCCGCGUUUUUGAGUUUUACUUGCUUGUAAGAGAGGGCAAACGAGUUGAGGCGAUUCAACAUGCCCGUAAGUAUAUGAGUGGGGUCAGACAGCCGGACGAUUAUCGUGCCGUCAAACUCGGCCAAGCUAUGAUACUUUUGGCUAUGCGGACUCCUGAGGAGCUCAUGGCAAAAGCAGAGGAGAACGAAUUGACUGAAAAGUGGAUCAUGAAGCGUUUCCACUAUGUCCUACUUGGAUUCUACGAUUUCGACCUUGCGUCUCCUUUCUCCUUGGCUGUGAAAGCUGGUAUCACGGUGAUAAAAACUCAGUAA